GUCCCUCGCCGGCCGCCGUUUAAAGCCUGUACGUGGCAGUCAGAGAGCCGAGGCUUGUGCGGCUCCUCUCCUGUGACAAUUAUACCCAAUACAGACCGACAUCCCGCACCCCUUUAUCGGACACGCAUCGCCGUAACAACGUGUUUUAUUUAGUGCGCGUGUCACCAUGUUCACUGUGCCGGAGCUGGUUGUCCUGCUGGCCGCUCUGUCCGCCACCGCGUCCGGCUACUUCGUGAGCAUAGACGCCCAUGCCGACGAGUGCUUCUACGAGCGGGUCAACUCCGGCACGAAGAUGGGCCUCAUGUUCGAGGUGGCCGAGGGAGGCUUCCUGGACAUCGACGUGGAGAUAACGGGGCCCGACGGGAAGCAGAUCUACAAGGGCGACAGGGAGUCCAGCGGGAAGUACUCGGUGGCGGCUCACAUGGACGGAACCUACAAGUUCUGCUUCAGCAACAAGAUGUCCACCAUGACGCCCAAGAUCGUCAUGUUCACCAUUGACAUCGGAGAGGCCCCUAAGGGCCAGGACAUGGAGACGGAAGCCCACCAAAACAAGCUGGAGGAGAUGAUCAACGAGCUGGCGGUCGCCAUGACGGCCGUGAAGCACGAGCAGGAGUACAUGGAGGUCCGCGAGAGGAUACACCGAGCGAUCAACGACAACACAAACAGCCGAGUGGUGCUGUGGUCGUUCUUUGAGGCUCUGGUUCUGGUGGCAAUGACACUCGGACAGAUUUACUACCUGAAGAGAUUUUUUGAAGUACGGCGAGUGGUUUAGUGCGAUGACGAAAUGAUCCCUGUGUGUGUGUGUGUGUCCUCCACUGAUUUCUCCCGAAAACCCAAGACAGUUAUUUACACUCUGGAAACGAGACCGGCCCGAUUCGAGGAAAAGCCUCCAUGUGAUCGGAUCUCAGAUGUUUGGUUCUCCGGUUCCCCGUUUGCUUCCUUUAUAAAUGUCAUUUAGUGUUUGUUUUGGAACGGAUGGUCAAAAGAUUCUGGCAUAGAUUUUUUUCUUUGGUUUGACAGAUUUUUUUCGAUGCCCGAUAUUGUUCGAUUGAUAAUUAUUAAACGCAAAUUUCUUGCCAGUCCAUUUUUCGCCCGUGUGAAUUACCGCGAUGGCUCAUAAUUUUAUGUAAAAGCAGUCGGGGAGGAAAAAAAGACGUAGAAAUGCACAUAAGUUGGUCGGCAUGUGUUGGAAGAUUUAGAUUGGACCCUUUUUAAAAAAAUGAUUUAUAUAUAUAUAUAUAUAUAUAUAUAUAUAUAUAUAUAUAUAUAUAUAUAUAUAUAUAUAUUUAAAAAAAGACAAACAUGAAAACAAUGCAUCGGAUUGUUUUUAUAAAAAAAUGUUUUGAUUAUUUUUGUUUCCAGUGUCUCAGCCAAGUCCGACAACGUGCUGGUGAACACGUGAUAUCUGUGUGUUGUGUUUCUACUCUCAAUCUACAAAAUUGCACUCCUGAUUGAUUUAUCUGAAGGAUUUUCACUGCAGCUGAUCUUUUUAAGGGAAACUGUUCAGCUUCUUGCUCUGUCUGUUGAUUGUCCAUGGGGGGGGGGGGUAAUAAGGGGGAGGGGCUUCAGUGGACGUCUUUUACCGGGAAACCGUGCGAUUCCCCGGCGUAGUUCAGAAGCGGGCGAGUGGUUCCUCGAGUCCACAAGUUGAUUUAACUUUUACACUUUCAUUUGAAAAAAAUCCACGUAGUCGUAAGAGUUUGAUUUUAAACUGAACUACUUGGAGUGAAACUCCGAAGCAAAUACUGAAAUACAUGUUACAUGAUGAAUUGAUGCUGGGUGGGUAUGAGGUAGGGGGGGGGGCGGGGGGUCUGAUGCGUAAUGACUGCUGUGUGCUUUAGUUGCUCAUACUAUAGUUCUUUUGUUGGGGUUAGGGAUUUUAAAUUAUGAUUGUAUACGGUUUGUUUUUCCUGGAGCAUAUCCGGUGACAUGCAACUGUCUGGAUGAGGUCCUUCAAACAUCUUCUUCCUGUUUCGUUCCCCCCGUCACAUCCAGCAUGCAGCUGCAACGUCGGAAGUGUUGCAUGUCGCCGAAUAUGUUCCAGUUUUGUAUUAAAAACAAUCCUCGGUGAGCUCUGGCGGGUGAACUGCUCGGUACAGUCGCUCCUUUUUUGUGAUUUACAAGCUACUGAAUCUGAUAAAAAAAAAAAAUGGAUCUGUGCAAAUGUAGAAUGGUCGUCUGUGGAAGAAAAAAAAGCCCCAGGUUUCAUAAUAAAGCCAAUAUUCUGUACAUUUA